AUGUUUAAAUCUAUUGAAAAAGUUUCAUACGAUUACAAGCGUUGUAUUGAAAUAAUAUCAGAAGAAGGGUCUACAAAACAGUUAAAUAUAUAUGUCUAAAAUUUUAGGGUUAAAAUUAAAGAACUUGAAUAAUCUAAUGAAUAAAUUUAUGAUGAUUCUGCUCGUCAUUAGGUGUUUAUGGAGAGAGGUAAAUACUUUUUUUUAAAGAAGGUCUAUUAAAUAAGGGAAAGGGAAAUAUUGAUUAAGCUUUCAAAGAUUAUGAAUAGUCAAUUUAUAUUAAUCCAUCAUCUGCUCUUGUAUAUAAUAACAGAGGUUCAUCACAAAAAUUAACUUUAGGUGUAUUAUAUCAUGAAUUGGGUGACAAAUAAUCAGCAUUAAACGAUUUUAGUUAAGCAAUAAUAUUUAAUCCUAAAUUAUCUGUAGCGUACUUUAACAGAGGUGAGUUAGUAUUUCUAAAUUAGGUUUAAUAUAUUAAGAAAUGGGUAAUUAUGUAGAAGCAUUGAGUGGGUAUAGUUUAGCAAUAACACAUGACUCUAAAUUUUCAUUAGCGUUCUUUAAGAGAGGUGAUAUAUAAACUCUAGAUUAGGUGUAUUAUAUGAAGAAAUGGGAAAUAGAGAAAAUGCAUUAAGUGAUUAUAAUUAAGCAAUAUUACUUGAUCCUCAAUUAUCUUAAGCCUUUAUAAGGAGAGGUGAUUUAUAAACUCUAGAUUAGGUUUAUUAUAUGAAGGAAUGGGAAAUAGAGAAAAUGCAUUAAGUGAUUAUAAUUAAGCAAUAUUACAUGAUCCUCAAUUAUCUUAAGCCUUUCUAAGAAGAGGUGAUAUAUUAAACUUUAGAUUAGGUUUACUAUAUGAAGAAAUGGGAAAUAGAGAAAAUGCAUUGAGUGAUUAUAAUUAGGCAAUACUACUUGAUUCUCAAUUAUCUUAAGCCUUUUUACGGAGAGGUGAUUUAUAAACUCUAGAUUAGGUGUAUUAUAUGAAGAAAUGGGAAAUAGAGAAAAUGCAUUGAGUGAUUAUAAUUAAGCAAUAUUACAUGAUCCUCAAUUAUCUUAAGCCUUUAUAAGGAGAGGUGAUUUAUAAACUCUAGAUUAGGUGUAUUAUAUGAAGAAAUGGGAAAUAGAGAAAAUGCAUUAAGUGAUUAUAAUUAAGCAAUAUUACAUGAUCCUCAAUUAUCUUAAGCCUUUAUAAGGAGAGGUGAUUUAUAAACUCUAGAUUAGGUGUAUUAUAUGAAGAAAUGGGAAAUAGAGAAAAUGCAUUAAGUGAUUAUAAUUAAGCAAUAUUACUUGAUCCUCAAUUAUCUUAAGCCUUUAUAAGGAGAGGUGAUUUAUAAACUCUAGAUUAGGUUUAUUAUAUGAAGAAAUGGGAAAUAGAGAAAAUGCAUUAAGUGAUUAUAAUUAAGCAAUAUUACAUGAUCCUCAAUUAUCUUAAGCCUUUAUAAGGAGAGGUGAUUUAUAAACUCUAGAUUAGGUGUAUUAUAUGAAGAAAUGGGAAAUAGAGAAAAUGCAUUAAGUGAUUAUAAUUAAGCAAUAUUACUUGAUCCUCAAUUAUCUUAAGCCUUUAUAAGGAGAGGUGAUUUAUAAACUCUAGAUUAGGUUUAUUAUAUGAAGAAAUGGGAAAUAGAGAAAAUGCAUUAAGUGAUUAUAAUUAAGCAAUAUUACAUGAUCCUCAAUUAUCUUAAGCCUUUAUAAGGAGAGGUGAUUUAUAAACUCUAGAUUAGGUGUAUUAUAUGAAGAAAUGGGAAAUAGAGAAAAUGCAUUAAGUGAUUAUAAUUAAGCAAUAUUACUUGAUCCUCAAUUAUCUUAAGCCUUUAUAAGGAGAGGUGAUUUAUAAACUCUAGAUUAGGUUUAUUAUAUGAAGGAAUGGGAAAUAGAGAAAAUGCAUUAAGUGAUUAUAAUUAAGCAAUAUUACAUGAUCCUCAAUUAUCUUAAGCCUUUCUAAGAAGAGGUGAUAUAUUAAACUUUAGAUUAGGUUUACUAUAUGAAGAAAUGGGAAAUAGAGAAAAUGCAUUGAGUGAUUAUAAUUAGGCAAUACUACUUGAUUCUCAAUUAUCUUAAGCCUUUUUACGGAGAGGUGAUUUAUAAACUCUAGAUUAGGUGUAUUAUAUGAAGAAAUAGGUGAUAAAGAAAAGGCAUUUAAUGAUUAUUGUUCAGCCCUAAAACUUGAUCCUAAUUGUGCUCCUGUUUAAAUUAGCAAUGGUGAAUUAUAACUGCUAAUAGUUUGCCUGUUAUCUAAAAUAAUCAGUAAUCAAGUUAAAUGA